GAUAGAUAGUAAACUGUUUAAAACCGUGAGCGAGAGGGGCUGUUUACCCACACUGUGGCAACAUAUCACGUCAGCUUCCUCCGUGACCGCAGUUUCCUCCAAACAACGGGAUGGUGUGAACAUCCAGAGGAGAGAAGAACAACUUUCAUAUCCUCACCCACCGGAGCGACUUCUACUUCAACCAAGUUUACUUGGGCACUUUCUGGAGACUGCAUGCUGGGGCUUGAAGCUGACUUCCUGCAGACUGCUUCAUAGAGAGGGAAACCUUUGUGAGAAGGCCUGUUCGCCCACCAUCCUCAUACUGGAAGCUACAGGAUGGCGAGAAGAUUCCCCGUUCCCUUGUUACUUCUUGCAAUAUGCUGCCUGGCAUCUGCAGGGCCAUUGUUUCGCAGCCCUUGUGAGCUGCUGCCGGUGGGGAUUGGACACCCGGUGCAGGCUACACUGAAGAGCUUCACCGCCCUGUCAGGCUGUGCAAGCAGGGGCACCACCAGCCUCCCUCAGGAGGUCCACAUCAUCAACCUGAGAGGACAUGUUCCAGAGGGACCAGACAACACCCCGGCUGAAGUUGAGCUGCAUCUGAAGCCGAUCCAGUCUCUGCUGCGCCACCAGAAGCCGCUGGUCUUUGUGCUCAACUCCCCCCAACCACUCAUCUGGAAGAUCAAGACAGAGAACCUGGCCCUGGGCAUUAAACGUACCUUUCAUGUAUCUGAGGGCUCAGAGGUCCACUUCCAGCCAGGAAACUUCUCCCUCUCCUGCCAGAUCCAGAAGGAGACCCUUCCCCAUGGCAACGAGCACCUCCUCAACUGGGCCCAGAAGAAGUACAGGGCAGUCACCUCGUUCUCUGAGCUCAGGAUGACUCAAGACAUCUACAUCAAAGUCGGAGAAGAUCCACUGUUUUCUGACACCUGCAAAAUUGAUACCAAGUUCCUGUCUCUGAACUACCUGGGCGGCUACGUGGAGCCACAGGCAUCAAAGGGCUGUGUCCUGUCCGGACCUGACAAAGACCAAGAAGUCCACAUCAUCGAGCUCCAAGCCCCCAACUCCAGCAGUGCUUUCCAGGUGGAUGUCAUAGUAGAUCUACGGCCUCUGGAGGACGAUGCCCCGCUGCAUCGUGACGUCGUCUUGCUGCUCAAGUGUGCCAAGUCUGUCAACUGGGUCAUCAAGGCCCACAGUGUGAUUGGCAAGCUGGAAGUAGUGGCCUCUGAUACCGUGAGUGUCAGCUCAAAUGUGGAGAGACUGAUGCAAGUGUCAAAAUCCCCCAAGCAGCACUUGCCAUCAGGGCCACAAGCACUGAUAAAGUGGGCAGGGGAGCAUGGCUACAGCCCAGUCACGUCUUACACCAACACUCCUGUGGCUAACCACUUCAAUAUCCGACUUAGAGAGCCAGAUGUGGUGGAUCCUCUGGAGAGCAUGUUGCCUCCAGAGCUCUCCAUCCUGCGCGACUCCAGUCCUCAUCCAAGAGCGGGAGCUGCGACACGGCACUCCAGCCUGCCCUUUCCCUUCCCUCCAUCUGUGUCUGACGGCCUACCCUACCUGCCUCUGUCCCCCUCCCUCGACGACCGGCCCUGGGAGAAUGGAGAGUUCGAGGAGCACCAGGGCGUUCUGAGUGUUGGCCUCAGUGUGCAGUGUGAGGACACGAGGAUGGUGGUCAGCAUCGACAAAGAAAGCCUGCAGGCGAACGGGUAUGCUCAUGCCAACCUCACGCUCCAAGACCCAGCUUGCAAAGCAACAGUCAAUGCCACCCACUACACACUGGAAACUCCUCUGACUGGCUGUCAGACCACCGUAUAUCCCAUGCAGGGUAGUCCAAUGGCCCUCUACAUCAACUCUGUCCUGAUAAGUCAUGCUGAGACUAAGGAUGGGAGUGGUGGGCCGCUGGAUUAUGAGGAUCUGGAAUCUGGAGACGUGCUGUUCCCGAGGGACCCAGUUGAGAGGACACUUACGGAGGCCCCAGAACACCAGUCCGUCAUAAUGUUCAACUGCACGUACCGAAAGAGCCAGGAAACCUCGGUGACACUUCCCAGGAUUGUACCAGGACCAGGAAGGCAACCAGUCAGCAACACGACAUUUAACAUGGAGCUGUACAACACAUUGCCGUUCAACAAUCCUUCACGCCAGGCCUUCUUCACUGUUGCACAAAAGCAGGACGUUUUUGUGGAGGUCACAUCAGCCACAUCAGAUCCAGAGCUGGGGUUCACCAUCAUAUCCUGCUUCAUUUCUCCCAACUCCAACCCCAGUGUGGCCUCAGACUACACUCUCAUUGAGACGGUCUGCCCCACAGACGACUCCGUCAAGUACUAUCCUCAGAGGGACUUCCCUGUGGAGAAGAAAAUUUUCAGCUUCAACUUCAGCUCAAAGUUCAACAUGUCCCUGCUUUUCCUGCACUGUGAGAUGUCUCUGUGCUCCAAGAGACCUCUGAGCAGCCAAGGACUGUCGAAGUGCUUACAGCCCGGUGAGCCCUGCGAUUCUCUUGGUCUGGACAGUAUCAUGACCAUGAUGCUGAACACCAAGACGUCUACCAAGCCGCUGGUUGUGGUGGAUGGAUCUGGUCCACCAGGUGACACAGUUACUCUUCCAAACAUUGCCCCCACAAGCCCACGGGAUCGUCCUGACAACACGCUGUACGUGCUGGACACUCCGACAGUGGUGGGGAUCGCCUUCGCAGCCUUUGUGAUCGGGGCUCUGUUGACCGGAGCCCUGUGGUUUAUCUAUUCACACACAGGUGAGACAGCUGGCACGCAGCAGGUCCAGAAGUCCCAGCCGGCCUCAGAGAACAGCAGCGCGGCCCACAGUAUCGGCAGCACACAAAGCACGCCCUGCUCCAGCAGCAGCACAGCGUAGCCCAGGACGCAGGCCAGCGGGACACAAAGCCCUGCCGUGCCACAGGAAGGGCCCGACGGUUCACAGGGACCGGUUAGUUGAUUACCUUCCAUGAAAGGAAUUAUUUUUGGGGGAUGCAAUAGGAAGGAAAAAAAUAUGAUAUGAAAAAAAAACCACACAGUUACACCUUUGGUUCUUAUAUGAAUUCCUUUUGUGCCACUUCAAGUGUGUGCAGACAGAUAUACUGUCCUGGUGUUACUGCUCUGUAAUGUAGUGAGACCCAGCUUGGCAGCCUCACCUUUAGUUAAAAAAAAACUACAAAUGUGAGUUUAUUCCAGGCAUUUCUUUCCAAUCCAAAUGCUGCUUUUUUCUGACCACAACACAGCCUUUAGUUUUGGCCUUACAUGGUGUGACUUAGGCUGUUUGUUACAAGCAGGUGCUCUCCAACAGCAGGCUGCAGUGAUGUCAGUAUUAGUGAGAGUGAUGUUCAUGGCUGGACUGUAACAUGUUACUUCACGACAUGCAACCCUGAAGGUGGCAAAGGAGCAAAGCAACCACUAUUAACAUGCGGACAAAGUGCAGUAAGAAAGGAAAUGGUCGUCUCGACGCAGAGAGAGAGAAUGGCUUCAAAAAGAUGCGAGGCAGUGUAGGUAUUGAAUGUAUACAGAAGAGUUAACGCCAAAAAAUGUGAAAGAAAAAUGUGAAAGACAUGCUGAUAAAAUACCACAUUCUAUAAUGUACUCAUUCUUCCCUCAUAAUGGAUUUAAACAUGCAGCUUGGUAAAGCAUAGUUUACCAGUGCUCUCUAUACAGUAGUUGUAGUGAUGCAUUUCAGUAGACAGGAUCUGAGUGUUACAAAACUUCAUAGGGGCAUUAUGGGUUCCCUUUUACUAGUAGUCAUUAAUGGAGUAGUUCAGCAUUUUGGGAAAUGUGUUUAUUUGCUGUUUGUCCAAAAGUUAGAGGAGAAGAGUGCUUUAAAAGGAAUAUUUCAACCACAGAAUGAUCAGUUGUAAAUCACCCCGUUUUAAACUGAGAAGAAAACUUUGCUUUUCCGGCAUGCCUCCACAGUGAAGGAAGAAUCGAAAUAAACAGAACAUUUUGAUGAAUUGGAGUAUAAGGGGUCUGCGUUCAACAAGAGCAAAACUAAAUAAAAACAUCUGUUUAACAAACUCUUACACAACUCGUGCAGCAUAACUCAAGUCUCAUUUAUCCAGUCGUGCACUCUGUGCUUCCUAAACAGACAGAUCCUCUCUUAAGGGGAAUUGUACUAAAGGUUUUCGCCAACUGGUGACAUGACCGGUGCCUUGAUCUAUAGUUUCUUUGUGUUAUUGUGUGACUUUGUUAAAUCUGAAGUAACCUUCUAAAGCACCAAAGUCACACAAUAACCCUAACUGAUCAAGCCAGCGAUUGACCAGAAGCUCCUGUGUUCAGUGAGAUAAGACGACCUUUACAUUUUUGUCAAUGGAGUCUGGCUUUCAGGGUGCUUUCAGACCUAGAGUUGUCUUGCUUUGGUCUGAAUCAGGGACUCAUUUUGUUACACAGUUGUAUAAUUGCCUAGAGUUGGUUCAUGUUCUCACGGCAGCAUUUACAAGCGGACCAGAUAAAAUACCUUACGUGAGAAAGCUGCUCUUGGUUGGUCAGAAUUUGCAGAUCGAGGUCAGAACACGUUCUCACCACAAACGAACCGCACCAGAGUUAGUUUGUAACCGGACUGAGACCACCUCUUCAAGAAGGUCUCGAUCUGGUUGUUUUGGUGAGCACCUGAGUGUGAUUGCUGUGUUCACAUCUGCCCAAAUGCACCGCACUUAGGGGGCAAACGAAUUUGAGUUUGAUUGAACCGAACCAAACAGGGCAGGUGUGAGAGCACCCUUCGAUCAGGUCCCUGUUGGAAAGGGCUGCCUGUUUGUUAAGCACUGAACAUAUGAAUGGAGUGAGAUUUGGAUUAUACUGCACGAGUUGUGUGAGAGUUUGUUAAAGGAUGUUUUGAUACAGUUUUGCUGCUAAAUGUGGCCCCCUUUUACUUCAGUUCAUCAAAAAAAUUCUAAAUUCUUGGUUUGCGAGGAAAACAAAGUUGUCUUCACGGUUUCAACCUAACACAGGGCGGGUAACACAAAUGAUGAUGAUCAGCAGAGAAAACAGGUAGCUCAGAUAAAUAUAUGACCAUUUUUAAGAAAAAGUUGCUACUGUUACAUAAAAAAAAAUAUUCCUCUGAGCUCGCUGUUUCCCCCGCUUCAUGUUUUUAUGCUAAACUGGCUAAUCUCCUGGGUCACUCUUGUAAAUUAAGCCAAUGAGGAUAUUUCCCAAAAUGCAAUAAUCUUUUAAGACCUGUAUAUUUUUUGUGAAUAUUGUAAAUACUCAAAAGUGUUAUGAGGCAGAGUGUGUGCAACUUCCGUUCUCUGUAUCUUGCAUCUCUGGAUUAGACGAGAUUUAUCAGUGUGAGAUGCACGUUAGUACCGUUUCUAAUUUUUAAUGUGAUAAAAUAAAAAUCAUGGCGCUAAAUAAUAAAUUCACUUUAAGGUAUAAUUAAAGAACAUGGAUUCAAAAUUGUGGCUUAGUCUAGUUGACGUACCUUGACGUACUUCAGAAACUGUAAAAAAACAAAACAAAACAAAAUACACAUUUUUGGCCUUUUCUCUUUAUAAAUAACUUAAAGAUGAUUAUUUUUCUGUCAGUGAACUAAUCGAUGAUUCAACUAAAUGUUUCAGUACAUAGACGGAGCAGAUUUGUUACGUUCAAAGCCAAACCGUGUACAGUGUAUGGAUUUUCUUACCUUUUUGUAUAAAUCUUGGCACUGACAGUGUGUUGAAUAAGCUGUAGCUGAAGCUCAUUACUAUAGACAUAUAUAUAUUUUUAUGUUUUUAUUUUUAAACUGCAACACCACGAGUACCCCACCGUCUCAGAAUAAUAUGAAUGUUUGCUGUAGUGCCUUCUUUUAACCUGUAUGUGUUUCUGUCCGACUGCAUGUGGGGCCUUCAAAUCCGAGAAGGGAACUCUCCCUGAAUCGAUUUAACAGAACAACAGAAUGUAUGUUAUCUCAAAGCUUUUGAUUUUUUUUUUCUUCUUUAUGUAAACACGUGUAAAGCUUUCUACAGAGGGAACAGAGUCUAAAUAUAUAUUUGUGUACAAAAUUAUAUUUUGGAAUAUAUUUACCAAGAGAAAUUUAUUGUAUUCUAUGUGUGUACGUACUGUGAAUUGUGGAUGUGCUCGUACAUAACACACGCUUGUGGGGGAUUUAAUCAGUUUAUUCAUGAAAGGCUUGUGGCAUGUUUUGUGACACUGAAACUCAAAAUGAAAUAUUCACAUUUGUGAUACAAAUUAUUCAGCUCCUAAAUAUAUACAGCUUAAUUUGAAAAACUUCAGUCGUUGACAUCAACAAACUUUGACACUGCACUGACAUCAUUUUUAUUUACAUUUGAUACUUUUAAAUUUCAGUUGUGUUAUUGAAGAAUGUGUCAUAAAACAUGUGAUGAGUUUGUAAUGAAUGUGAUUUUCAGACAAAGCAUUACCUGCAGGUCAUUUCUUCUGUUCAUGGACUCCUUAUGUUUUGUUUAAAUAUGAUUAUAGGUUGUCAUCUGAUCACUGUUUUCAAUAGAUAAUCAGUUUAUUAAUUAGUUUUCAUAAAAUUAAUAUAUCCUAAAUACAAAUUUCACAUCAUUGAGGACCAGCUGUACUAAUGAAUAUUAAACUGUAUUUUUAACAUACUUAAUGAUGGAGUCAGUCCCACACAAACCUCCUCAGUUACUGUUUUGUCAUAAAACAAAACCCAUAUCACAAACUGCCCCUUACAAUCAAUGAAAAAACGAAAGGGACGGGUUCACUACAAAAUCAAAAAUACAUAUUUUCCCUCUUACCUGUAGUGCUAUUUAUCAAUCUAGACUGUUUUGGUGUGUGUUGCAGAGUGUUGGAGAUAUCAGCUAUAGAGAUGUCUGCCUUCUCUCCAGUAUGAUGGAACUGGACAGCACUCAGCUUGUGGUGCUCAAAGCGCCAAAAAGCAUACAUUUGAAAAACUCAACAGCAAUGUCUCUUACCAGAAAUCACAACCUGGUUACUCAAGACAAUCCACAGACCUUGUUGUGAGCAGUUUCAAGUAGGAACUAUUUUCUGCCUACCAUAUCACCACGCAGAAGGAAGCGUGCAUCUACUCAUGGGCAAGAUACUGUUGGUGACAGCACAAGAUGGCGUCCAUCUUGGCUGAGCCGAACGUUAGCUAGCUCAGUGGUGUAAUGUUGUGUUCACUAAAAAAAACGUGAUUGGAUUUUUCGCAUUGCAUCACUCGAGUUUGAACGCUAGAAUAUUUUGUUGAUUUGUGUCGUAUGCGCGUGAAAUUGCUGAAUCAAUGAAUAAACAUCCACCUGUACAUCCUCGAAGUUAUAUGUCUCUGGAGGAUUUCAAUGCUGAUUGGCUAUCGCGGCGCAAAUUGGUUGCUGGUCAUCGUAAGUGCUAUAUCGUAGGCAACUGGACUUGCUUGUGUUUCUUGAAGACGUUUCGCCUCUCAUCCAAGAAUCUUUUUCAGUUCUAAAUGACUGGUGCAAAGUUGCAGGCUAUAAACCAUCACCAACCACCUUCAUUUAGAACUGAAGAAGAUUCUUAGAUGAGAGGCGAAACGUCUUCAAGAAACGCAAACAAGUCCAGUUGCCUACGAUACAGCGCUUACGAUUACCAUGACCUGGAUGACUGAGAAUCUUCACUGACAAGUUGCUGAAGGUCAGAUUUUUCAAGAGUAUAACGCAAAAUCGUGCUACUGGCUUAAUUCGCGCUGCUUGAUUCACAUAUUUAACAUUAUCAGCGUUGCAUUCAUCGCACUGCCCAGUGGGAAUUCAUGUCUAAUUGUGUCUUUACAUUGACUUUACCUGUAAUUCACUCGCGCAAAUUAUUUUAUUCACGCCCAUUGUGAAUAAAAUAAAACACUGAAGGCAGGCUGUUCUCAUAAACUGUUCCUAUGACAAGUAAUACAGUGCAGACUUUGCUGUUGAGUUUUUCAAACAUAUUUUUUUGGCACUUUGAGCACCACAAGCCGAGUGCCAUCUAGUUCCAUUAUAUUAGAGUGAAGGCAGACAUCUCUAGGGCCGACAUCUCCAACACUCUGCAACUCACAUCAAAACUAUCCAGACUGAUAAUUAGCACCACAGGUAAGAGGAGAAAUUUGUUAUUUUUUGUUUUUGGGGUGAACUGUCCCUUUAAAUCAAAGCUAAAGAUGGCAGCAGCAGUUAAACCAAAAUGAAAGUGGAAUGUUUAUAAAGUGUGUGUGUAUUCUGUCUGAAUGGAGGGUGGAGAAAAUCCAACUGUCUGUUAUUUUGUUUCUGGAAACUCAACUGUUUUUAAUAACACUUGGGAAAUAUUUUUUUUUAUUGAGUAUUAGAACCACUUGGUUUAAGAGCAGCGUUGUUUGUUUUAUCGGGCCUGUUGCCAGGUGCGUCCGUGCCAAAACCACAGUUAUACAGUGAAAAUACACAGCGGUGAUAUGUAGUCCACUGUCGCUGUCAUCGAGCAGCGUUAUUGUGAACAACAACACUGUAUCCCACUGUGUACAGAACAGUGAGAGAUGCAGAGGGGAAAUGUGCCACAGCCUAUAAUCAGUGGUCAUUGUGGGAUUAAGGCUUUCGGACAUUCCUGUAGUUUUGAGGUUGCUCUUAUCAACCUCGGCAAAACCAUCUCCCCACUUGUAAUUAUCUCCUCCACCCCCUCGUGGUGUCACGCUGUUCGGCGGCUGAGCCUCAAGUUAUGUUCUGGAUCUAAUCUUCUCAUUUGCGAUCAAUUUGGGGAUAUUCUUUCACUCAAACUAACCAUACAGUUCAUGAUAGUCACUGUUAAAAUAUCCACAUUCCUCCCUGCUGUUUGCCCAAGUGCAUGGUGGGAAAAUGCCCCAUUACUCCCCCUACAUGAGCAUGUAAAAGAUAAUGUUAUCAAUAUGAAAUACCAAUGCUGCGUCAAAUAAAGGAGCAUUGUUAUCGUGAAGAUAUUUUCACAGAACAGCUGUAAUUGGAGCACACAUCCAUACAUCUAGUUAAUGAUUGUAUUUUUUAACCAUUUGACUACCUCAUGUUUUUCUAUAAUUGUGUAAUUUGUGUACUAUGUGUGUGAGUGUUUUUUGUGCCUUUGUUUGAACCACUCACUUCGAAUGUAAUCACUGGAUUGAAUGGGCCUUAUCAGUUGUUCUAAGCCUUGUAGAUAUGGGUUAGAAGGUGCCUGCUAUGUCUACUAGUAGGUUACUAGAAGGCCGGUGUCAGUCGUCAUCUGGAUCGAAAAGGCGUCCCUCAGUGGGUGUAGAAAUUAAAUUUAAAAACAACAAAGGACCAGGAGAGUGAUGUUCAUGUCCUGUGUGAAACCAGAAGUCAACAACAAACCCAUUUUCUUUUCCUGAACCUAAUCAUGGAGUUUCGGAAACUCAACCUAACGAAACUAAACUCAACCAGCACUCAUUCCAAAUUCAUCAAAUACUGACGCUUCGCCAAACCCCUCAGUGUCUGGUAACAACGCACAAGGCACCAUUUUGUGUCUGUAGGUGACACACAGCCAAAAUACAUGGUAACACGUGGUUAAAGUUCGUAUUUGUCACACCACAGAAAAAUGUGUCAUUAACCAUCAGCAAAAUUUGAAGGAUUAAAAAGAUCGCAAGAACAUAAAAUAGGUUUCAAAAUUAUAAAAAAAAAUGAACAGCAUUUUCUGCUCUGACACGCUAGGGUCGUGUCCGCUGAAGGAGCUGACGUGGAAAUCGGGCCGCCGCACAGUGACAGACUUGUUAGCAGCUAACUCAGUAGCACACACCCUCCAAACCAGGGAACAAGAGCUGCCGCGUGGCCAUAGCAGCUAACGUUAGCACAAAGCACACCAACAGCUGGUUAGCCAAUUCAGCCAGAAAGACUGAAAGGUUUGUCAGUGACGGAUAUUCAGGUGGCGUUUAUAUAUCUGUUGCAUAUAACAGACAUUUUUAUUCACGUAUUUAUUCGAGUGAAAGAACUAAGAUAGCUCAUGGGAUGUAGCAAACUUGCCGCUCAUAUACAGGCAGCGACACUGAAGCUAUGCGCUCUAAGGUUAGUCGUAAGGAUGGCUCCAGUGCGUCAUCAAGCAUGCUUUGGGUUAAAAGACAUAUGUUUGUUAAGUAGCAUAACGUCACGUAAACAUCGCGUAAGUACCGUCAGUGCGGGAUGACGGGAUAUAAAUUAACGUUACAUUAAAACAUCGAUGACUUUUGGUCACACACAGGACACGAAAAAGCGGUCCUCUCUGUGAAAGUCCACUUUGGAUUUUAGUAAUCCACUUCGCCAUCUUUCUACUCUGUGCGGAAGUGUAGUCAAGCAUUGCUGUACAAUCCCGGGGCGUCUCAUAAACACGCUAAAGAGUGCCCCUGGCAUUAAUAUCACACGCCAAGGGGUGUUGGUAUUUGACGACCUUGGAAUGAGAACGAACUGCAUAUUAAUGAGGCUGAUAACCUUCGAUAAGGCCCAUUCAUCCCAGUGCUAUCAUUGUAAAGGGGUGUUUAAACUAAAGAAAAGUUUAAAUGUUUAUAUAGAUUAUAUUCAGUCGGAUGAUUUGGGGCCCCUGCGUGGUUUCAUUGCAGUUCCACAUUUCUUUUUCAAAGCAAACGAUGAAGAGUUUCCCCAUGAUGCCAAGAUGCCUUUUUUUGGGCGUUGUUGUAAAUGUGUAAAACUUCGGUAAGCCGUUAUUAUUUCCUUUGGUUUUAUGAAACUUUUUAUAUGCUGUAAAUACGCAUGAUAUCUGUAUACCCAUUAUGCCCAAUAAAUGUUCAUAAUAAUGUA